GUGGCAAUCGGAUGUUCCUUCCGCUACAUCACGCCUCUCUCUGUCUCUCUCUCUCUCUCUCUUUCAUUUUUCUCUGUAAAAUGGUCCUUCCCUCUCUGGCUCUCUUGUUAUAUUCCCCACUUUCUCGGCCGUUUCUCCAAACGCUCUUAUAAAGUCUCUCCCUCCAUCUCCUGUCUCCUUCCCUCCAUCUUCUCUCUCCUUGUUGCCUUCUCCGGCGACCGACCUCGAUUACUCCCGCGCUCGCCGGACACCUCGUCAUCCGGCACCUGCACCCUACAUCUUGUGACUCGACCGAUCUCAACAGCGGAUAAUCAUGAAUCCUGAAUAUGACUAUCUGUUCAAGCUUUUGCUGAUUGGAGACUCUGGUGUUGGAAAAUCAUGCCUUCUCUUGAGGUUUGCUGAUGAUUCAUAUCUGGAGAGUUACAUUAGUACCAUUGGAGUUGACUUUAAAAUCCGCACGGUGGAACAGGACGGGAAAACCAUUAAACUGCAAAUUUGGGAUACUGCAGGGCAAGAACGUUUUAGGACAAUCACCAGCAGCUACUAUCGUGGGGCACAUGGCAUUAUUGUGGUCUAUGAUGUAACGGACCAAGAAAGUUUCAAUAACGUCAAGCAAUGGUUGAAUGAAAUCGACCGCUAUGCAAGCGAGAAUGUAAACAAGCUAUUAGUUGGGAACAAGUGUGACCUGACAGCAAACAAAGUUGUGUCCUAUGAGACGGCUAAGGCAUUCGCUGAUGAAAUUGGGAUCCCAUUCAUGGAAACAAGUGCUAAAAAUGCAACCAAUGUUGAGCAGGCUUUCAUGGCCAUGGCUGCUGAAAUUAAGAACCGGAUGGCAAGCCAACCAGCAAUGAACAAUGCCAGGCCUCCAACUGUGCAAAUCCGAGGGCAACCAAUCAACCAGAAAUCUGGCUGCUGCUCUUCUUGAAGGGCAAAAUGUAUUGGUCUGCUCGUGAUGCCUGCCUGUGUUCGAUGUGGCAUGUAAAAGUAGUUCUCUCUCACCAUAAUGCUUUGAAUGAAGAAUACUGUUCAUCAUGAUUUUCCUUAUCAGUUGUUUCAGCACCUCCGUUAGAACUACCAUUCUUUCAAUGUAUUUUGAUUUAAAAAAAAUGUCUGUACAAAUUAGGAAUAUUGGUGAAUAGCAUUAUUUGCCUUGUUCUAUUUUCCAUUCACUACUGUCCUUCCAUCUUCUAUGUUCACAGAAUCUGUGUUAUGCAUGCAAUUAAAAUUUUCAUAGUUAUCUGA